GCGCAUGCGCCUUCCUUUCUCGUUCGUCUUCAUCAGUGUCUUCCACGUUCCACCGACACUGAUCCGCAUUCUGCGGAUUUAAUUGAUCAAAUUGACGAUGAUUGAAACUGACAAAAUGUUACAACUAAGGAGAUAUGCGAUGCUUCUCAGAGCCGGUGCAAAGUCGCACGUUGUCCGUUCGCAUCUGCACUCGUCGUUGUCAUGUGAAAUGUCAAAUCUCGCGAAGCAUAAAGGUUAUCUUUCCCGUUACGUGCAUCACGGCCUAUCUCGACUGCAAACGCAUUUGCGACCCUGUGAGAAUUACGCCGCGACAUGCAUUAGGACAUUCGGCACGACGGUUCCACAAUCGAUCGAUGACAUCGAUCAUAAAUUGGUGUCGUUGUGCGACGAUAUUAAAAAAAGCCGAGUGUCGGCGGACAGUUUGAAGGAGGUUAUCAAAUUAUGCGACGAGACCGGCUAUCAGCUGCCUCACGACACUGGUGUACUGUUGCUCAAGUGUUGCGGCAAUCUUUUAUCCGAUCUGGAGACGACCGAGAGGCAACAUCUAGCGGAUCAGGUAUGGCGCCUUGCGAAGAAAAACAGUGAAGGACUGACGUUGGAGUAUUACAAUACUUUGCUGGAUGUUCAUAUGGAGAAUUCGAUUUCUGUGGAUCCUAAGAAGUUCCUAGCCGACAUAAGUGUAGAACCGGAUAGGAACACAUAUCAUUUGUUGUUAAAUGCAGUUGCAAAGAUGGGUAACAGUAAUCAUCUGCGAGAUAUCAUAUCUAUAAUGAAGGAGAAGAACGUCAUUAUUGAGGAAGAUGAAUUCAAUACUUUGGUGCAGAUUUACGCGAGCAAUGGCAAUAUUGCUCAGGCAGAAUACUUAAUAACACUCAUGCAAGAUGUCAAACUAUCUACGGACAAAGCGUACACAGAGUUAGCAUGUGGAUAUGCAAAACUCGGUGACAUUCCGAAUCUGGUUAAAAUAUUGAAUGACGAACCGCAAAGCGAUACGAAUCUUCUGAGAUUGAUAAAGGCUCUGAGCAUGUCCGAUAAUGGUAGACACAUCCCUGUUGUCCUGAACUUUCUGAUGCCUUCUGUACCAGCUAUCAAAUCGCAAAUCUCCAAGACAAUAGCAGAACUGAUACAUGUUGAUCGAAUCACGGAUGCUCAUACAAUUAUAACUUGUUUUGCUAUGAAUGAUACGACGAAGGAUGUUACAAAAAGUUUUAUAAAUAACUUCUUGAAUGAAUUAGUUAUGUUAAAUGCAUCAGCGGACGAUAUUAUGAGAUACGCGACUGAUUUCGUGGAUUCCGGUUGCGAACCUCUGGCAUUGACCAAUGUAGCAGAAUCCGGCUUGAAACUCGGCAGAGAAAAUCUAUGCCUCGCAAUAUUCAGAGCAAUGAGAGAAAAGAAUAUAGAGGUACGAGCGCAUUAUUAUUGGCCUUUACUAGCAAUUGCGCAUUACAAUCAGGGGGAGGCUAAGAUAUUCUCACUAGUAAAAUUGAUGAUAGACACAGGAGUGAGAUUGGACUCUGAUACACUGCUGAAUUAUGUAUAUCCAUAUGUAAAUACCGCAAAUCCGUCUAUUACUCUGCAGAAACUACUGAUUAACGGCGUGCCCGGCUGUGUUGCAUAUACGCCCUUCAUAUCCUUUUUACUGUCUCAGAAUCGAAUGCAAGACAUAAAAUUAUUGUGCACAUACAGUAGGCAAUAUAGAAUACAUUAUAAAGAAUUGAUGAAACCUUUAGUGCGUGCUUACAUAGCCACAAAGGACGUCGAGAACUGCAUAUUGUUAUUAACGAUAUUUCCGCGCGGUCAAAAUUUCGUCACUUUAUUUUUGAAAAUGUUGUUGAAUAAUAGACGUUUAACAUUUGCCAUGGAGAAUUUGCAAGUUUUUUUAGAAGAAUUUAAGAAACGCGAAGUUAAAAUAUCGCAACGAGAUGCAACUAUUCUCAAGAGCAUUCUGUCCGAAAAUUUCGGACAGGAAGCUACGGAAAAAAUAAGCUUGUUAAAACUAAUAGAUGAUCUAGUGGACGCUGAUGUGAAAGAAUCAGCGCUCGCGUUUAUUAACCACCCGAUGUUUAUGAAUACUAACGAGCUAGCUUGUCAUCUAGUCGAGAUGAAGAGAAAAAAGUUUCCAACCAAAGGCAUUCUGCGCCGGUUGCUAGAGGCAUAUUGUGCUGAAAACAAUUUGAUGAAAGCCGAGGAAAUACAACGAGAGUGUGAUGCAUGCCAAUAUGAAUGGACAGCCGGUAUGAAGAUGUAUUUGUUCGAGCUAUAUGUCAAAUAUAACAAAUUGAAAGAGGCCGAGACACUGCUGUCCGAUCUGCAGACUAAGUUUGACAAUUUUAAGAUAGAUAAUGUCAAGAUUGUGAAGUUCGCCACCGCGUUGGUGAAGGCGGAUAAACCAAAGAAAGCCUUUCAAAUUAUUAAUAACAUCAGCAAUGUUAAUUUUAGAACAAACGUCGAGAAACAGUGUCAUGUACUUUUGCAAACAUUGGCGCAGAGUAAGUAUCAUUCUUACACAAAAAAUAUGUUGAAUCUGCUCCUCGAGAAAAAAUACUGCAAUAUAACUACCGAGCUAUUAAGGCCACUUGUGGCGAUACCAUUAGAACACAACGACAUCCAGGGCGCUGUAGAUAUAUUUAUUGCAUGCGCUGAAAAAUACAAAAAAACACCGUUGGCAUUGGAAGUAUUGACGGCAUUGUUGCAGCAGAAAGAUAGUUCGAAAUUGCACAAUGUAGAAAUGUACAUAGAAAAGGUAUAUAAUAUAAUAGUUCAGUUGUAUGGUAUAAACACUGCAAGCACAUUGCUAGUAUUAGCGCUGGCAACAUUGAACAAGACGCAGGAACUGCAAACUGUAUUGCAGAAGCAAAAAAUAUCCAUGAACUGUCUCUUGCACUAUUUCAACUAUGCACGAAGGAAUAGUACUGUAGAUAGCUUAUUGAAACUGUUCAAAGCAGUUCCAGAUUCGAACAAUCCUGAUUUACUUUUAUUAAGCGACAUGCUUCUUUCUAUUUAUAGUAAAACGGGAGAUUGCAAUAAUGCAAUAGAGCUUUGGAAGCUAAUGUGUGCAAAGAAUAUUAAGCCCAGUGAACAAUUCAAGAACAGCUUUAUUCAGUUUCUGCAAACAAAUAAAGUUCCACUCCCUUCAGAAUUUGAACAAGAUAAGAAUAAAAUAAACGUUAGUAAUCAGAAAAUUUAAAAUAGGAAUAAUAUUUGUGAAAUAACGGUAAUUUAAAAAUAAAUAAAACAUGAUGAAAAAAGAUGGACGAUAGGAAUUUUUAAAUAACGAUGUUACAAUAAAUUAUUACAAAGAAACAUUUAUUAAAAAGUAGAAAGAAAAAGAAAAAAAUUUCUUUAAUUCUGAGAAUUUCUAUUACUUUAUUCCAUAUUAUUUUGUGUUUUCUUAUUGUUAUUGAUCGUUUUCGAGUAAAGCUCCUAUUAGUAUACGAGAGGAUAGGCAAAUCAUCUUUUAAUAAAGAGAUUUUAAAUUCUCUUGAA